AUGGCAUGCACCGACACUGGGGAGACCGCAGCAUGUGGGGUGGGAUCAAAAGUCGAGAAUCGUAAUUUAUCUCGAAGCUUGGGAAAGGACUGCGAGUGGAGACUGAAAUGA